AGCUCUCACUAUCAAUUCCGCUCCUCAGAACGAACAACGAAUGCUCUUCGAACUGGGACGAGUUGAAAUGUAAGCAGCGCUUUACUACCGAAAUCGUUUGCUUUUGUUAUUGCAUUGCGUUCACCGUUUGUCAAAAACUUUUCUUUUAUUUCUUAAAAUUUUUUUCAGACUCGCUGUGCUUUAGAAAAAAAUAAUACUAGUGCAUUAAUGAUAGAAAUGAGCUUCUAAGUGCUUCGCCAUUAGAUUUUGAAACCUGUUUUGAAAUAUUGUUUUUUAUUUCGACGAGAGAGAAAACAGACUACUGAGAUCGUCUGCGUACUGCUAGUGGAUAUUUUAAGCGGGAAACUGUUAUGACUGCUUCCACAAGCCCAAGUUUAAAAGCACAUUAGAAUGAUCUUUACUUUUACUAUGGAUUCUGGAUAACCAUUAAACAUCCAAACUAUUAGAAAUGGGGUUGUCUUGUGGAGCAAGAUGUGCCAAAGGUUUUCUGGUCACUUUCAAUUUGAUAUUUUGGGUUUCCGGCUGCUUCAUCUUUGCAGUUGGCGUCUACCUGUUGGUGGAUAAAGAAAAAAUAACGCUCUUCCACCUGAUCGCAGAUCCUGACAUAGGCUAUGCACUGGAUCAGUACCUGGCCUGGGCUCUCGUCGGAAUCGGGGGCCUGGUUUUCUUUGGAGGCUUUUGUGGAUGCUGUGGGGCUAUACGGGAGAACCGAUGUCUACUUGUGACAUACUUCAUUUUCUUGUUUCUCAUUAUGGGCUCUGAACUUGCAGUAGGUAUCCUCAGUGUCAUAUUUCAAAAUAAGACCCUUACACGCUUGGGAGAACUAUCUACUUUGUUGAAAGAAGAGUAUGGAAUAGACGGACAGUUAACAGAAGCCUUUGACUUCACUCAAACGAAGUUCAACUGCUGCGGUAUAUUUGGCCCUCAAGAUUACGAAGGCAGCGCUUGGAUGACUCAAGAUUUGGGGAAAGGAGACGCCGUGGCGAAAACAUGUUGCAUCCUCACCAAUGGGGAUCACUUGGACCCGAAACCACUCAACAGCAGCUGGUGUCAAUCUGAUAAACCGACAGAAAGUUCGCAAUUUCGACACGAAGAGGGUUGUUUACACAAACUGGAAGAUUUUCUAAGAGACAUUACUAUAUUGUUUGUAGCAAUAGGAUGUGGAGCAGCAGCUUUAGAGAUAUUUGGAAUGAUUUUCUCCAUUUGUUUAUGUAAAGAAGUGUAACAUGAAUCUAAUGAAGACAAGGAAGUCAAAUGCUCAAUGUGAUAUCUUUUUUAUGAGAAGAAUCUCAUUUUUUUUAAAAUAUUGUUUCCUGCACUAAGAUGCUAAUGAUAGUAAUCUUCAUAAAAUUGCAUUACUUUAAUUCAAUGUAAAUAUUCAUAAGCAUUAUAAAAUUUGAAAUGUUGGUUUGUGAUUUAUUUACAGAAUCAUUAAAUAUAAUUCCAAUGUUGAAAUUAAUCAAUUGUAAAAUCAAUUAACAAUUUGCAUUGUUUUUUUUAUAUCUUAAAUAUUUUAUGUGUUAUGUGCUGGUCAUUACAUAAGCAUGUUUAGAAGUUAAAUGUAGCGCAGUUUUGA